UCAGUUAAUGGGAAGGAGCUCCCAUGGCUCCCCACUUGUCCCCAUCCCCACUCAUAUUUAUCUCUCCCAAUCACUUCUGACCCUUUCCCCUUUCUUUCUCUUCAAUCUCACGGGCGGAGCCACACCCCCGCCAAACCCUAACCCCACAACAUGGCCACCCACGACCACCACCUCAACGGUGACACCAUCACCAAUUCCACUACCAACCUCGCCAAAAAACCCAAACUCUCUCCUUCCUCUACCUUCAUCACCGCCUCCGAAAUCCAAUCAGAAUUCUCCCACCACGACCCAUCUAUCGCCCGCAUCAACAACGGCAGCUUCGGGUGCUGUCCAGCCUCCAUCGUGAAGGCCCAGCAGCUCCUCCAGCUCCAAUUCCUCCGCCAGCCCGACCACUUCUACUUUAACCACCUCAGGCCCGGUAUUCUCGAGUCCAGGACUUUCAUCAAACAGCUCAUCAACGCCCACCACGUCGACGAGGUCUCCAUCGUUGACAACGCCACCACCGCCGCCGCCAUAGUCCUCCAGCGCACCGCCUGGGCCUUCGCCGAGGGCCGCUUCGAUAAGGGCGACGUUGCCAUCAUGCUCCACUACGCCUACGGCGCCGUCAAGAAGUCCAUCGAGGCCUACGUGACCCGCGCCGGCGGCUGCGUCAUCGAGGUACAGUUGCCUUUUCCUGUGAAUUCCAAUGAUGAGAUUGUCCAUGAGUUUAGGAAGGCCUUAGAGAAAGGGAAAGAGCAUGGGAGGAGGAGAGUUAGGUUGGCUGUAAUUGAUCACAUCACUUCCAUGCCUUCCGUGGUGAUUCCUGUGAAGGAAUUAGUUGGGAUUUGUAGGGAGGAAGGUGUGGACCAGGUGUUUGUUGACGCAGCCCAUGGAAUUGGGUGCACUGAUGUUGAUAUGCAAGACAUUGGGGCUGAUUUCUAUACGAGCAAUCUGCACAAGUGGUUCUUUUGCCCGCCUUCCGUUGCGUUUUUGUACUGUAGGAAGUCACCCAGUUGCUUAGACUUGCACCAUCCCGUUGUGUCCCAUGAGUAUGGAAAUGGGUUGGCCGUGGAAAGUGCCUGGAUUGGGACUAGGGACUAUAGUGCUCAGUUGGUGGUUCCAAAGGUUUUGGAGUUUGCGAAUAGGUUCGAAGGCGGUAUUGAUGGGAUCAAGAAGAGGAAUCAUGAUAACGUUGUGGAGAUGGGGCAGAUGUUGGCCAAAGCGUGGGGGACCAAUCUCGGGUGUCCUCCGGAGAUGUGCGCGACCAUGAUCAUGGUUGGGUUGCCGGCUUCUUUGGGGAUCUCAAGUGAAUUGGAUACAAUGAAGUUAAGGACACAUCUGAGGGAUAAUUUCGGUGUGGAAGUACCGAUAUAUUACCGGGUACCAAAAGAUGAGGAGGUUGGGGUGAUUACUGGGUAUGCACGAAUUUCGUAUCAAGUCUAUAACAAAGUCGAGGAAUACACCAAGUUCAGGGAUGCAGUUAACCAACUUGUUUGCGAUGGGUUCACUUGCGCACUGCUUUCUAAAUGAAGAGCCGUAGUUCUUUGGGUGGCUUGCGGGGUUUUGGCCACUUCUCAUGGUUUUGGUACCAUGAACUCCCAAGAUUGGAGAAGAAGCUGCAGAGGUGCAAAUAACAGAGCAGAUAAAGAUAGCUUUUGUGAUAUGAAUUCGUAGAAUAGAUCUGCGAUACAGUUAUCUAUCUGUUGGGCUCUAGAGCUAUUUGUCUUUUGUUUUCUGACCGCUUUUUAACUGUUUAGCUGCCAAUUGAACUCUUGAGUUUACCUUA